GAAAGAUAAUUUCUGCUUCUGACAAUAAUGACCUCCAGAUAAAUAGUAAAUUUUCUAGGAAGUAACUAUUUUGACAGAUAGACAAUAUAAACGAUUUUUUAUUUUACAACAGUAAAUAGUGUAAUGGUAAAAAUUACAAUUGUUUUGCUUAGAAAUGAAAAUAAAUGUCACAGGUUAUAAAGGAUCGAAUUAAAACAUCAAAGAUGGAAGGAGGAUGUAAGAAAGACGAAGAUGUUACUGAUAUUCCUAGUUCCAGUGAAAGAAAUGAAAAUAUAGAUUCAAUCCAGGUGGACAAUUCCCGAACUGUUUUGCUAAAAAUAGCGACACUGUACGCUGAACGUCUUAUGAAUGAUAUUUGCCUCGUUGUAGAUGGUGUCGAGUAUCCAGCACACCGACUUAUCCUUUGUGCUUCUAGCGAUGUGUUUCAGGUGAUGUUGAUGAGCCCUCAAUGGACUGAAUCUCAAGAAAGCAGAGUAACAUUACAAGAAACUCCUCAGUGUGUUCCCAUUUUUAGUGAAUUUCUUCGUUACUUCUAUACUGGUCAAAUUAGAAUCAGUAAUGAAAUUGUACUCCCAAUACUCUCUUUAGCAGAUAAGUACAAUGUAAAAGAUUUGAUAAAAUUAUGUCUUGAUUAUAUGGAAAAUCACAUUGCUUUGGCAGCAACUCAUGGAACCUUAGUGUCAUGGCUUCAAUAUACAUUGAAUUGUGGACAUCAUGACAUCACGCAGGCAUUUCAAAAUUUUAUCAAAUGGAAUCUUGAACUUGUUGCAAAAACGACAGAUUUUGGUAAUUUUGAACUCGACAUACUUAUUGCUCUUCUUCAUCAGAGCAGUUUAGUUGUUAAAGACGAAAUGACAUUAUACAAAUGUCUUGAGUCAUGGCUUGAUCAUCAGGCGAAUCGUUUGAGAUGUCAGAUGCCAAUUAAUGAGCUGGAAUUAACUCUAAAACAACUUGUAAUGGCCGUCAUGUCUCCCGUUAGAUUCCCGAUGAUGUCACCUCGUCAGCUGGCUGAUUUGCUUCUCUCUCCUCUCACUCAAAAGUACAAAGAAUUUUUUGUUGAACGAAUGGCAAUUGGCAUGUCUUUUCAUUCGGGUCAAAAUGAACGUGUCAGGGAAGUUAUUAAAACUGAAGAAGAUGGAUGUCUACUUUUUGAACCAAGACUCUACACAGUCGAUACAUGUAGCUCUCUAUUAACAAUAGAAAACUUUCAUAGUUUACGAUCAUAUCAUACAAGAACUCUUGUCUUUUCAAGUCAUUCUUAUCUUGCUGAAUAUGCAGGUGAUCAAACAUGUGAAUGGGUCGUAGACAUUUAUCCAAAGGGAGUUUGGUUUAAAAAAUUCUUUUUGAUAGUUUGGCAGGGUACUGUGGAAAUGCCAGAGCAUGUUAUACGAUCGGUGAGGCUAUCAUUGACAUGUAAGGAACCACCAGCAAAUAGUGAUUCAGACAAAAGAGUAAAGAUUGGUGUUUUGAUUUAUGGACUUCAAGAUGGUGUUGAACAUAUUGCUCGAGUUAUGGAGACUAUUCACAGAUUUAACAAAAAUGAUCGUGUCCUUAAUUUGGAUGAUUUAUUGCCUUUUGAGGAACUAAAUCCUCAGCAGAAUGGAGGUAUGAAUUCGGAUAAUGCAGUUUCUUCUUUUCUAGUUGGUCCAAAUAAAGAUAUGCUAAAGUUGCAUAUUGUUAUCUCGCCAGCAAAUCACAACACUCUUGAUGAGAUUUGACAGUCCACUGUUGAACUUUAUCAGAUUUAUAAAUUUUCAUGAAAAAAAUUAAUUAAGUAAUUUUGAAUGAUCUUAACAAUAUUUUUUGGAAGCUUAAUAUGCCUUGUCUACAUAUUUCGAUUCAGAAGGAAUAUAAAACUUCCAAAAAUUAUUUCCAGGUAUUAAAUUAAUCAAAAUAUUUUGUCAAAAAAUUUGUUAAAAACUCGAUUUUGGAAUAUUUAAAAAAUAUCUCGUCUAAAAAAUUAUAACAAAAAUUUGUUUGUUGAAAAAUAACUUAUUAAGUUGGUUUUACUAAAUUUAGAAAGUAUUUAACAUAAAAAAUGAUAUAUGUGUAUAUAAUAGUUCUUAACAUUUAAGAAAAGAGAUUUUUAUUUAUUUUCUGUAGGUAAUCUUUAACAUAAUUAUGAAAGAUUGUAAAACUGUAAAUUGUUACAAAAAAUCAAAUAGAUAGUUGUUAUUUCUAAUAUUUUAGAACUAGAAUCUACAUUUAACAUGAGGCUAAGAAAUUACUAUUAGUUGUAUAGACUAAAAAAGCAUCAAAAAAGAUUAUUUUACCUUUUUUUUAAGUUUUUCUUUUGUUUUAAUGACGUCUCAAAAUAGAAAAGUAUUUCUACACAGGAAUACAAAAAUGUGUAGUUAUUUGUAUGCGCUUGCAUGAUAAAAAAUAUAUUUUUAAUGUGAAUAAAAAAGACGUCUUAUUUAGUCGAAAAUAUCAAUUUAUUUUUAAUCUUUUGCCAAUGUUUCGAGCUGAUACCAGCUCAUCUUCAUGGUUACAAAAUUCAAAUUAUAUAAAUUACAAAAAUAUAUAAUAGUAAAAUACAUAUUAUAUGAAAUGUGUUGUUAAUAUGUUAACAUACCAAUUACGUAAAGUUUAACUUUUUUGUUUUUUUUAAUUUUGAUUCUAAAAGAAUCCAUUUUGUUGGUGUUAAAACCAUUAUUAAGAUUUUUAUAAUUUUACUAAUAAAAAUGAAAUUAAAUAUA